UACCUCACUUACCUCGUGCGCACAAACCACUCACUAACCUAAGGCUGGAAAUUGGCUGAGAUUCCUCUCACCGGGUUUAGGCUCACUUUACUGGUGCAUCUGCAGGUCGCCGUACAUAGGGUUUCCGGAACUCUUUUCGAACUCGAAUCCUGUACCUAUCUCGUGGUUUGAUUAUUUUCACUGCAAUUUGUUUCGCUAUCUGCAACUUCUAUUUCCGAAGACAAUACCAUCCUGGAGAAGGGUUCAAUCCAAUGGAGACACAAUGGAUUACCGAGCUUCCUCACGCAAACAUGGAUAAGCGCCCUAGGAAACGGCCUAGGUUAACAUGGGAUAUGCCCCCUCCUAUUCCUCCACCAGUGGUCAUUCCAGCUAUCCACUGUGGACAAGAAUUUGUGAGUGUAGCAGUAUCCAACUAUGCAUAUUCUUCCCUGUAUUACAAGGAACUGCCUCACAAUGGAUCACCUCCAUGGCGAAAUGAUGAUAAAGACGGCCACUAUGUCUUUGCUAUUGGAGAUAAUAUAACUCCUCGAUACCGAAUUCGCAGCAAAAUGGGUGAAGGGACAUUUGGGCAAGUCUUGGAAUGUUUGGAUAGUGAAACCAAAGAACUGGUGGCAAUUAAAAUUGUGCGUUCUAUUCACAAGUAUCGUGAAGCUGCCAUGAUUGAGAUCGAUGUUCUGCAGAAGCUUGGCAAACAUGACAUCGGUGGCUCUCGUUGUGUACAAAUACGGAAUUGGUUUGACUAUCGUAAUCAUAUUUGUAUUGUAUUUGAGAAGCUUGGGCCAAGCUUAUACGAUUUUCUCCGCAAAAAUAGUUACCGUUCUUUUCCCAUUGAUCUUGUUCGGGAGUUUGGCAGACAACUUUUGGAGUCCGUAGCAUUUAUGCAUGAUAUGAGAUUAAUUCACACGGAUCUGAAGCCAGAAAAUAUCCUUCUUGUUUCCUCAGAGUAUGUCAAGGUGCCUGAUUAUAAGUUUCUGUCACGGUCAGCUAAGGAAGGUUCCUAUUUCAAGAGCCUGCCUAAGUCUAGUGCCAUUAAACUGAUUGAUUUUGGAAGUACAACAUUCGAACAUCAAGAUCACAAUUAUGUGGUGUCAACAAGGCAUUACCGCGCACCGGAGGUUAUCUUGGGGCUUGGAUGGAAUUAUCCUUGUGAUUUAUGGAGUGUGGGUUGUAUACUUGUUGAACUUUGCUCGGGUGAUGCACUUUUCCAAACCCAUGAAAACUUGGAACAUCUUGCCAUGAUGGAGAGGGUUUUAGGCCCUUUGCCGCACCAUAUGAUGAUUAGAGCAGACCGCCGUGCUGAGAAAUACUUCAGGAGGGGUGCACGACUAGAUUGGCCAGAAGGUGCAGCUUCAAGGGAAAGCACGAGGGCUGUUUGGAAAUUGCCUCGGUUACAGAUAACGUCAAUGUUCAGAUUGAAUCUAUUAAAUUGAAUGGGGCUUCAAAUUAUCUUCUUUGGGCACAAGCAGUUAGAGUUUAUGCACAUCCAAACCGAAGAUGGACUAUCUGACUAUGUCUCUACUUGGUGACGAGUAGUAUAAGGAGUGGACAAUGGAGAAUUCUGCAUUGCUUUGUUGGUUGUGGAGUAGUAUGGAGCCUUCUGUGGCUACCAAUGUAAAUGUUUCAUACCGUAACCAAGAUGCCUUGGUUUGUGGUCCCCCCAUUGUCGAUGUGUACUUGAAAGCUCAAGUUCUCUAGUAAAGGUGGAGUUGAAGGUUUUAGUGAGCAAAAAGCUUCUUAGGGACACCACUGGGUAUCUCAAACAAGGAUUGUAAGCAUUCUCUAUAUUUGUAUUCAUUUCCAUUAUUGUCUAAAUACAUGUAUGUAUGCUAAGUAUAGGAGAAAAUUGCAGUAGACCUAUUUUGGCCUGUGCAAAUUUGUAGGGCAUUGAUAUAAGCCCAUCUAUACUAGUAUACUGUCAUUAUCUAAUUGGGAGCGGGUGCUCCCUGAUAGUGGGUGUUGUUAUUUGUAUUGGCCAUAUAUAUGCCCUCUCAGUUCUACGUUGAGUAAAUUUGGGUGUGGGUGCUCUCAUAGGUGCAACAUUAGUAGUAUAUUGAGUAGAUACGAAGCCUUUACAAGUACAACUCUGAGGAUGUAAGCAUUUUGCUGAACCUUGGUAAAAUUCUUGUGUUGUGAGUGUGAUUGGUUUA